UAACCUCUGCAUCACAGUUGUCUCCAUCAUGAAGAUCAUUGGGGGUCUCCUUCUGCUCUGUGUAGUGGCCCAUCUCUGCUCCUGCUCAGAAGCUGCUAGCCUGCCUUUAAAAACAGUGAACUGCAGCAUUUACAAGAAGUACCCAGUGGUGGCCAUCCCCUGCCCCAUCACAUACCUGCCUGUUUGUGGUUCUGACUACAUCACCUAUGGGAAUGAAUGCCACUUAUGUAUUGAGAACUUGAAGAGUCAUGGAAAAGUUCAGUUUCUUCAUGAAGGAGUAUGUUAACUUCCGCACAGACAUGGAUACAGAGCAAGGAUAUCAUCACUGUCAUCGUCAUCAUCCCUGGUUCCGGGAGGGUGGGAUUGGUAGGGAGCGGGCAGAGACAGACUCAGAGUCAUCUUUGUUGGGUGGGGAAAGUUGUGCUCUCCUUCAGACUUCUGUCUCACUGACUGACAAAUACAAACAUGUCAAAAUAAACUAAAAAGU